CUCCAGCGAUUACCAAAGUGGCUGCUGUGGCGCCAGUCGUAGCUCAGUAUCCUUCAGCCUCUGCGUCUAUACACGCCGCUGCACAGUCAAUCAAAUAUGGCAGUAGUGGCGCAGUCUCGCACCAGUAUGUUUCGAAACCUUUACAACCAGUUAGUUAUGCGCCUGCGUCAAUAGCAAAAGUUCCAGCAGUUGCAGUCCCGGCAGUUACAAAGUUGGCAACAUAUGCCGCACCCGCAGUGUCACAAUAUUCCACCGGCCUUGGGAUAUCACAACAUGGCAGCUAUGCCACCGGUUCCGCCGUUUCAUCUAUUCAUGGCAGUGGCGCUAUUUCACAUCAGCAGAUUUCAAAACCUCUACAACCGCUCGCUUAUGCCACCCCCACCAUAACAAAAGUCGCUGCUGUCGCACCAGUUGCCGCAGAGCCUCUGCUCACACAAUAUUCUACAGGCUCUGGCUUAGCGUCCAUACAUUCAGGAUCUCAGUCAGUGAAAUAUGCAAGCGGUGGCGCAGUUUCGCAUCAAUAUGUGUCCAAACCUUUGCAAACGGUCGGCUAUUCCUCAGUUCCACUGGCUAAAGUGGCCGCUUACGCAGCACCUGCUGUUACACAUUACACCUCAGGCCUGGGAGUUUCGAGCGGCGAGUCUAUAAAAUAUGCCAGCGGCGGUGCCAUUUCCCAUCAACAAGUCUCGACGCCAUCAAAGUCGCUGCUCUUUGCCAGUCAAGCUGCUACACUAACAACGCCAGUCAUUGGCGCGCCCAAAGCUUACCUACCACCUGCUCUCGGCAUCACGAAAUCGACGACUUAUCCACUUCCAGGUGUAACAUCCAUCCACUCCAGUACUGGUUAUGGUGGUUCUAGUGGUUCUGUUUCGCAUCAAUACGUCUCCAAACCUGCUGUUGCACUGAGCAAAAUAACACCCUACUCAGCACCGGCGGCUAUUACGCCCAUCAUAUCUAGCCCUGCGAUAGCAAAAGUAGGCGCAUAUGCCUCGCCGGGCAUAGCAUCGAUCCAUUCUGCUGGUGCUGGUGCAGUUGGUUUGGCCAAGUUAUCAACAGGCAGCGCGAUCUCACAUCAAUACUCGAGUUCAGCUGGUAAAUCCGGUAUCAGUGCGUAUACGGCCCAUACUGCACCUGGUAGUAUUGGUUUGGCUGGAUAUUCAUCGAUUCCUCUCGGACACGGCGGUUCAUAUUAUGGAGCGAUAGCUUUGGGACACACUGGCCUAUCACCGAUUUUAAAACUUGGCGGAGCGGCACAAUCCUCCCUACACGGCAUUGGUGCGAAUUUAAAUGUGUCACCGUUAAAAUAUGGUGCGCCAGCGGGUUUGCCACUGCUAAAGGGUCAAGGUGAAUUGUUAAAUGGCUAUGCGCAUGGAAUUGGCGGCAUUGGGCCAUUAGGCGCUGGCCUCUAUCGAUAUGCACCUGCAGUUUCACCGUUGCUUGCGCAUAGUGCCAGCCCUAACACAUAUCUAAAGACGCAACCUGCACUCAAAAUACAGCCGGCUGUUAUCAAAACGAUACCAGAGAAACACUAUGAACACUAU